AAUGAAAAAUUAUAACAUAAUGAAACGUCAAAAAUACCAAAACAAAACAGCAUGGUAAAUGCUCCGCGGAUGAAACCGCAACGUAGUGUAUUCCUGUUAAGAAUUUAGUGAAUAUAGUGAUUUAAACAAGAAUAAUUUUGAUAGAAAUGCAUAAACCGCCAAAAACACAAACACGAUAUUUCGAUGCUUCUGCAACGAAAGAUGGAAAAGACCAACCGAAUCAAACUAAGAGUAUCCCUACCGAUGAUGGUAGGAAGAUUCCCGAUGCAAAACAUAAAAAAAUCAAGAAAGAGGAGAAACUCCAGCUUGACACGGACAUCACGAGAGUAAUUGCAGUGACCAACCGCCAGAAGAAACAAUUUAGGAAAAAUCCAAAACUACGGAAACAGUGCAACAAACUGGAUGAUGUUCCCGUUGAUCCAGCGGCGUUGGAAAGGCAUUCCCGCGGAGAAGGGUUGGCCGUUGAAGGCGUCAAAUCAAAGUUCCAGAAGAUCCAUCAGAAACGCAAGGAGAUCAACAUCGAGUUCGCCGCCGAACAGGCAGCGCGUGCCGAAGUUCUACUCAACGAGGAAGAGGGUUACCUAGAAGUUGACGAUGACGAACUGACCGCCGAAAUUAGUCAAGCGGAAAUCGUUGCAAACGUGGACAUAACGACAGCGACCAAGCAUUUCAAUUUGCAGCUGGAGUUUGGACCGUAUCGGAUGCGGUACACGAAAAACGGGAGAUACCUUCUGCUAGGAGGCAAGAAAGGACACGUCGCUGCUUUUAAUUGGGUAAACAAAUCCUUGAUGUGCGAAAUGAAUGUCAUGGAAUCAGUUCAUGAUGUGGCCUGGUUGAUGAAUCAAACUAUGUUUGCCGUUGCCCAAAAGAACUGGGUUCAUGUUUAUGACAGUAAAGGUACUGAAAUUCAUUGCAUCAAAUCUAUGAAUCGAGUUUCAAAACUGGAAUAUUUGCCAUACCAUUUUCUGCUAAAUUCAGCAAAUGAAGAGGGCUACCUCUCUUGGAUAGAUGUUUCGAUCGGUAAAACUGUUACGUCCUACAAUUCUCGACUUGGAAAAAUCAAUAUGAUGUGUCAAAACCCUUGGAAUGCUGUCACUUGUGUGGGAAACUCCAAAGGAGUUGUUUCCAUGUGGUCUCCAUCGGUCAGAGAACCAUUGGCUAAACUACUGUGUCAUCCGGUGCCAAUGACUGCACUUGCAGUAGAUCCCACCGGCAUUCAACUGGCUACUGCGGGUCUCGAAAAAACCAUUAAAAUCUGGGACAUACGUCAGUUGGAAGGCCCUCUGAUCACCUACAAAUUACAAACCGCGGCUUCUGGAAUCGAUUUAUCACAGAAAGGACUGAUGGCGAUUUCACUGGGAAAUAUAUGUGAAAUAUACAAAAAACCCAGCAUUCUUCAGCGAAAUCUACGACCUUAUCUGCGACACAAAACACCGUCUACUAUUUCCAACUUUCGCUUCUGUCCUUAUGAAGAUAUUCUGGGAAUUGCAACGGCCAGCGGUUACACAUCGAUCAUCGUACCUGGCUCAGGUGAACCGAACUUUGACACUAUGGAGGCGAAUCCGUUCCAGACACUGUCGCAACGUCGUGAAGACGAGAUCCACAGCUUGCUGGAGAAGAUACCGUCGGAAUUCAUUUCACUCAAUCCGUCUCAAAUCGGAGAAGUCGAUGUGCCGUCGCUUAAGAACCGAUUGGAGGCAAAAGCCAAGGUGGCCACGAUGAAGGUACCCAAGAUCGACUUCGAACCUCGUGUGAAAAAUCGGAUGUCGAAGGCCAAGCAGUUUAAAAACAAACAGAAGGUAAAGGAAGUGCUUCGUAAUGAAGCCAUUGAAACCAUUAAACACGCGAAGGCAUCACUAAAACAGGAUUCGGAAAGGCCCCAAGAGAGUCCUGAUUUUAUUCCAUUGGUUUCGAAAAGCGUGCUGGAUCGCUUCCGCGACAAGAAGGCAAAAAAGAAAUAACAGUUGUAAUGUUUAUUAUAGGUUAUGAUUAUUUCAAUAAAGAUGUAUUAUACAUCGUA